AGUGCAAAAAUGUCCGAACGCAACUUCAAAGUUGGUCAAAAAGUGCAAAUUGUUGGUAAAAAUCUACGUGGACAAGUGGUGUAUGUGGGUUUGACAAACUUCUCACCUGGCAAGUGGAUAGGCGUGGUGCUGGACGAAAAGGAUAAAGGAAAAAAUAAUGGCACUGUCAAGGGCAUCACCUACUUCAAAUGUGCACCGAAUUGUGGACUAUUUGUACGCCCAGCCCAACUAAAUUUAGUCUUUACUAGAGGAACUGAAGAAAUGGCAAACUCAGCAGCACCAGAAGCUGGGCAAAGCAGCGUAAUAAAACCUUCUGGAAAUGGAAAUAAUUCAAUGGCAGCAACUCCAUCACAAUCAGCCGGAAAACCAUUGGAAAAUACUGCAGCGCAAAACAAAAAAACUGAUAAUUUGACAUCAACUAAUGGCGUUCCUACCAUUAAGGCCCGCUCGGAAACACCUAAGUUGUAUGCUCCUACUAAUAGCAGCACAACGGGAAGUUCAAGUGGCAAUAUUUUAAAGGCAACCAAAAUCAAUCAGCCCUUACAAGCAAAUCAACGAAUCAUCUCUUCCAACACUCAACUGGAGCUAUCAUUUUCAGGAGCAACGGUGUCUGUUGCUGCACCUAAACGUAGUAAAACCACCGUCAGCCCUUCGGAAUCUUUUUGCUGUAUAAGGCAGCGUUCAGCUUUUGUGGAAACUGGGUUUCUGGAGAUACUUCACACUCAAUUCACUCCAGGUCAUCCUCUCCGAUCACCGACUGUAUUCAACAUCCACAAUGGCCCGCCCACUGGUAUCGCAAUAAGCCAAACAGACCAACUACAGCAGCAGCAUCAACAGCAACAACAAAGAUGCAAGGAUUUGGAGACCAUAAAUGCUAAACUAAGCGCAGAGUUAGAAGAUUUGAAGAGCCAACGAAUAGAGGAUCAAAAGCGUUUGCAUGACUUGGAGAGAGUUCGCCUGCAAAAAGAGCAGUUGAGUGAGUUUAAAGCACAGAUUAUGGAGCAGCAUAGCAUGCUUCAACGCGAAUUACAACGCUGCCGCCAAGAGCUGAGGGAAGCUAAUGAUUGCAAAAUUAAAUACAAGCGCGAACUAGACGAUGUGGCUGAGAGCAUCGAAUUGCUCACGCUGGACAAGGAAAUGGCGGAGGAACGUGCAGAAACGUUACAAAUUGAGCUAGAGACAGCAAGUGAGCGCAUUGAAGAACUUAGUCUGGACGUAGAAAUUCUGAGAGCUGAAAAUGAAAACUCGAUGUCAAUUGCGCUUGGCGAUCGCCCGGAAAAUGAAUUGAAAGAUGAAAUUAUUCAGCCAACAGCUGCUGAAAUCAGGCGACUUGAACAGUAUAAUCAACGUCUGAGAGAAACUGUGGUGCGGCUGCGCGAUGUUCUAACGCACGAAAAGCAAGAUCUACAAAAGACCAACAAGGAACUAGAGACCAAAAUGUCUGAAAUUUCCGAACUCAAGAAGACUAAGGAAAUACUUUCAAAACGAAUUGAUGUGAUGGAAAUGCAUAUUUUCGAUUUAAAAGAGCAAGUCGAUGCAGCACUUGGAGCGGAGUCAAUGGUUUCAUCUCUAGCAGAGUCCAAAAUCGAAUUAGAAGAACGUGUGAAAUUAUUGGAAGAAGAGGUUAUGGAGUUAGAAGCUUUGGAAGAGAUUCACGAACAAAUAAUUGAAGGUAAUCAAGAACUAGAACUGGAUUUAAGAGAGGAAAUAGAUGCCCUAAAUUCAACAAUAAAAGUCCUACAACAAGAGAAGAAUAAUACACUGGAAACUAUAUACGACCGAGAUGUGACCAUUAUGAAAUUCCGAGAACUUGUUAAAACAUUAAAUAGCAACUUGCUAUUAAGAGAUCAGCCCAUAAAUGCCUUGGGCACAGGUACAGGCACAUCUACAUCAGAUGAUCUCAGCAUCCUCUCAAAUCAAGACGAAACACAAAGUAUUGACUUCAAUCAAAUGUUUUAUGUGACAAAGGCUUGCAAAAGAGCCAUCGACAUGCAGUUAAAUGAAAUCGAGUUGAGACUGUGUAAAGCACACAUUGAUCACCUUUUGGCGUUCGUACCUGAGGAGAUCCUGCUGCGUGGCAGUGAACAUGACAUCAUAUUGGUGUUAUUAUUGCUGCAACGAAUGUAUGAAAAGUUAGAAAUAAUUUGCAAUACAAUUGAUGAAAAGUUCCCAUCAUCAUGCGAAUUCGCCAAAAAUGCAAUAUUUGAGGGAUUUUCUGUACACCGAUUCGCCUUCCGUUGCAAAUGCUUAUUUGUAUUGCGAAGCCUUAAAUUGAUCAUAAAACAGUUGAUUUUUGGUUUGAAUCAUUGCGAUUACGAGAUAUGCACACAUGCAGCAAUUUAUCGAGGUGAAAUGGAAUCACAAGAGAAUUCUAUUGACGAGUUGAUUAAUCGAUUAAAAGGCGAUAUGUUAGACGAAAAUACACCUAUGGAAGCUGUAGAACGGACUCUAUCGUUCUUCAAUACACUUUAUACGAACUUAAUUUGUUCACAGAAUAUCGCUGAAUUGGUUGAUGAGCAUCAACUUCACGUUAUGUUAGUGGAAGUACUCGAUGUAUGCUUGGACUGCAUCAAUACGAAUGCUGGUAUCCUACACACUAUCAUUCAGCUGGGAGAUGAAAAUACCGAAUCGUUUUGGGCUAUGCAAUUUCUCAUGGAAAAUGUUAACCAGUUCAAGCAAAAGCUGAGGAAGCUGCAACGUAAGCUGCCUUCUGCCGCGAUUGAUAUAUCCGGCAUGCAACAACAGAUUGAACGCAUACAACAUAUUCUAUCAACAAACGAACAAUUCGGACGUUUUAUCAAUAUUUUAAUGAUAACGGUAAAAGAUGCAACGAAGGACAUAGCCGCAUCCUCCUUUUCAACCAAAGAAGACUUUCCCUGCGAUGCGGCCAUAGAGCAUAAAAAACUUUGGAAAAUCAUUAUAACGAAUUGCACAAAAUUUGCGAAUGCAGAAAAGACAGCGAGCCCAAUCACUUUAUUUCAUCUGUGCAUCCAACUACUAGACGAACAAAUUAAUGAGCUCUUCAAUUUCAUCUCAGAGAAAGAAUCAGUGCGCAACGCAAAUAAAAAUACAAUGUUCGUGCGCUCUUCGGCCACUACUCUACUGCAACGGUCAUUGCAACAAAAGCAACAUUCUGAUGACAUAAAGAGUCUGAAGCAUACAUUAGUUGAACGUGAUAGGGAGAUCAAAACGCAGAAAUAUUUAGCGAAGAUGAAGCAAAACGAGUUUUCUGAAAUGCAAGUACGUAAAGAGAUCGCCGAGCGUAAUUUAUCAAAAGCACAACACAAUCAAGAGGAGGCCCUGACUAAAAUCAUCGAACAAAUAGAGCAUUUUGACAAGUUAAUGUGCCAACGCGAAACUGUAAUCGCCCGGUCGUUUAAUAAUUUACAAGAAAAGCUGUCAAUAAUGGAGCGGAACUAUGCGCGGCUUGAAAGGAAUCUCGUCACCCGAAAACAGGUAAUCAAUUUGACAGCAGAUGAGAGCUACCGCGAAAUUGACUCGCUUAACAAAUGCUUGCGUUACGAACGGGCAGAACGAAUAAAACUUCACAUAAACGAAAUGAAAAUGCGCAUGCGCAACUUUGAGCCACUGCAUGUGCCACACAGCAAAGGAAUAACGAAUGUGGCGGAGGCAAAACUCAAUAAGGAGUUGUGGAUGUUAAAAAAUCAAUGGAUACUUUCACAUAUCAAAUUAAAACCAAAUGUGGAAAUCGAACGAUGUGCUCUAAAACGAAAAUCAAAUGAGCUACUGCAACAAACCAUGAGCUCAUACUUCAAGUCUAAUCCGCAUCGCAGCACACCCAGCCAUUUUGGAUCGUUCGGCUCAAAGGAUUUAAAUGAAAUAUUCUCUUAAAAAAGAUUUACAGCAAAGAAACUGUGAUUUAUUUCUAACAUUUGUCUUGGAAAAAUUAUUA